AAUUCACUGUUACUUGCCGCUUCUUUGUAGAAUUUUGUGUGAAAUUUGUUUCUAUGUUUAUUUCAGUGCAUCUCAAACCCUUUGGGGUCCCCAUAUAUCAGUAGUUAAUUUGCGGUUUGCUUGUGUCACAAGGUGUUGUCUUUGUGUUUGAAAGGUUGAAUGAGAAAGCCAGUGUGUCUUGAAUGAAGGCGAGCUGCUUUUGAAAGUCGCUAAUGAGCGUGUUCACACCCUCGUUGUGUUUCGCACACAUCCAAAAUGUCACUUGCACGCACGCGGACGCACACACGCGCCGCUGAGCCAAUUUGUGUCCGCUCCGGCUCCAAUUCACGCUGUCCCUCCCCGCUGACUCUCUCCGCAGCGGUCCCCGUUUUCCACUCUCCUCUCGCUCGCUCUGCGCGGCUUGCUUCACGGAACAGCAUGUAACGCUCUCAGUAUCACGACGCCGGAGAGUGUGUGCGGGCGUGUGUCUCUGGGCUGUGGCGGAGCGUUUUCUUCUCUGGUUGUAAAGCGUGGAUCAUGUUCUAUUUCCAGCUGGUGAUCAUGGCAGGCACCGUUCUCCUGGCGUACUACUUCGAAUACACGGACACCUUUCCCGUACACAUCCAGGGGUUCUUCUGCUUCGACAAGACGUUCUCCAAACCCUACCCUGGACCGGAUGAGAGCAGUAACGUACCGCCGGUGCUCGUGUACUCCCUGGUAGCUGCUAUUCCCACUAUAACCAUCCUGGCUGGUGAGGUGAUGGCGUUUUUCAUGAGGUCGGAGGGCACGCAGGAGAAGACCAUAGUCACAGCCGACUGCUGUUACUUCAACCCUCUGCUGAGACGCAUCAUACGCUUCCUGGGUGUCUACACCUUUGGCGUGUUCACCACCACCAUCUUUGCCAAUGCCGGGCAGGUAGUGACAGGAAACCAGACGCCUCACUUCCUGUCAGCGUGCAGACCAAACUACACAGCACUGGGCUGUCAUUCCAACCUACAGUACAUUACAGAGCGCAAAGCCUGCACGGGAAACCCUCUCAUAGUAGCGUCGGCACGGAAAUCCUUCCCCUCUAAAGAUGCGGCCCUCAGUGUUUAUUCUGCAGUCUAUACAGUGAUGUACGUGACAUUGGUGUUUAGGACUAAAGGGACGCGUCUGACCAAACCCACACUCAGUCUAACUCUGCUGUGUCUGGCCAUGCUGGUGGGUGUGGUAAGAGUGGCUGAAUACCGCAACCACUGGGCCGACGUCCUCGCUGGAUACUUCACUGGCGGAGCCAUUGCUGUCUUUCUGGUGACGUGCGUGAUCAACAACUUCCAGCAGGCAAAGCCCCCACCCCCACCGGUGCGACCCCAGCGUCCUGAGUCUGUGCUGGGCAUGCCCAUGGUGGCGCUGCCCUGCGUAGAGAGUCCACUUGAAAAACUCCAAGGGGAUCUCCAUUCACUGAGAUCACAUGACCAUCAGCCUCAUCGGUUCCCCGUACCCCCCGAUGUCCUCAUACCGUCUCGCUCCAUUUCCAGCGAAGUCUAGACCAGCCGUCCCAGCACGCGCGCCACUGCGCCGCCCACUCCGCGGGACGCUCCGCCGCUCUGCACCGCUCCUACUCGACGCAGGUCUAGAUUUCCUCACCUCCAACCCCUCAUCCUCCAUAUUCCUCCAUGCUGCCGAUAGGGCCUCCACAAACCGCUCAAACAAACCACGAGAAGCACUUUUAGAGAGCCUGAUUGGAGAUCCCGAACACCUGAACGAAAGCCAGAAAUCACAGGUAGGCGUCUCACUCUUGCCAGAGAGUUUGUUUGGACUGUCAGUGGAGGAUUCGCACCUGUGUAGACCUCUCGAAACCAACCCGACCUACUUCCUGGGGAACCGAUGAAGAAGUCUUGAUCAGCUUUUGGCUGAAAUUCAGAACUCUGACUGCAAUUUUUACUGCAGUGCCAGUUCGUAUGUAAAUACAUGCACUGUUUUCUUGGUCUUUUGGUUAAAGGCAUGUCUUUUUUGUUCUAUUUUGUUUAUUAGGGUGACCAUAUGUCCUCUUUUUCCCAGUGGUAUUUACGUUUUUUACUGGACGGUUUCUAAAUCACCAGAAAUGUUCUAAAAGUAAAGACUGAAAAGUAGUGAUGCAAGAAGAUGAUCAUGAUGCAAGAAGUCAGGAUCUAUAGAGAACGCAAAACAAUGUAUUGUACAGUGCAAGUCAAUAGGAAAACAAAGCCAAAACCUGGAUAUUUUAGCCAGAUUUGAAAAAAAGAGGGAAAAAAAGAGGACGUAUGGUGACCUUAGUACUGAUGGAGUUUUUAAGUUAUGUCUUUAUAGUCCUCAUAGUGUAUGGUUUUGGAAAAUGACAUACGUAAAUGAUCUAUUGGUUUGUUUUUGAGUCAUAUUCACUAUGCACUUGGGACAGUCUCAUCAGCAUCAGCUAUCUGGAUGUUCUGUAAGUGCACAUCAAGAAAAACACCUCUAACCUUGGAGACAUUCUUGAUACCAGCUCUUGUGAUAAUGUUUGGAUGCAUCGUAAGGAAUUGACAGACACGUAAAGAUCAACAACAGCAUUCUUUUUUAAUAUUUAAUGUCCGGUUCGUGCUCGCAAGGAUUUCUCCACCAGCUAGAUGUAAUGCACAGUCUGACUGUGCCUGUUCAUUGCUGUCGCUCCAGACCCAACACAAGGCUUUCGGAUAUGAGACGUUAUUAAAGUUUUUUAUCAAAGAUGGAUUGGAUUCUUCACUUCUCAGGAGGGAAAAGCAAGAAAAGCACCCCACGACAUCAGCAGAACAGUAAAGACAGCAUCUGUAUUGUUGUUGGUAUUUCUGUGAAGGUUUUCAAAACUGCAGUAAAUGAAGGUCAGCUAGUUUCUUUCCUGUAUAUUGAGUAACCUUUUCACAUUCAUAUCAUCAUGUGUUACUAACAGGGUUGUGAGGCAUUCAGAAUUGAAUUGAAAAUGGCUUUUAAUUUACAGUUCGAUUCCUAAAUAUGAAUUGAAUUUGAACUUGAGGUAGCAAAUAGAUGCAGAAUGUAAGGAAAUACAAUUAAAAUUCAUUUAAUUUAUUAAUUCCAUUUAUCAAAACAAACUUUGAAUGUUGGUGUAAAUGUUGGUGUAAAGUCUUGUUUGAUUAAAAGAUUCAACUUUUAUAACUCUUUUUUUUUUUACUCUUAAUUUUAUUUUAUUUUAUUGGCACUUUUGUGAAUACAUUUUGUAAAUAUCCCAGUGUAUGUACAGUUACUGUGUUAACAGUUUGCCUUUUUUAAUCAUUUAAUAUGAAAUGGUAUGUAGACAAUGUUAAAAGUCAUGUUCAGGUUUAGAUUUAUAUUAAGUUCAUGUUUAAACUUAAAAUAGAAAUCAGUAGAUAGAUAGAUAGAUAGAUAGAUAGAUAGAUAGAUAGAUAGAUAGAUAGAUAGAUAGAAUUAAUUCAAAAUCACAUUUGUAAAUUGAAAAGAACCAAUUCUGAAUUUUGCACAACCCUGGUUAGCAAGUUUGUAAAAACCUUUGGCUGUCAUUUUAUGUUGAUUAUGUUAUGAAAGGUCUUUGCAAUGAAGUCAUUCCUGCAAACAGCACAGGAUGCCUGGUAAUACAGUAGGUUUUUAACAUUAUUGGAGCUGUUUGAUGACUAAUUAACAUUAACCAAUACCAUGCACUGCCUAGGUGAUGAAAUAUGAAAAAGUUGUUUCGGUAGGUGAGCAAGAUUUUCUAUUUGUAUGAACAUUUAAGACAAACAUCAUUUUCUGUUGGAAGAACAUGCACUGAUGAGUCAUUCAUAAUAAGACCAGGAAAGUGUAUUAAAGGAACAGUUCACCCAAAAAUUAAAAUUUUCUGAAAAUAUAUUAUGUAAGAUGUAGAUGAGUUUGUUUCUUCAUCUGAACAGAUUUGGAGAAAUGUAGCAUUAAAUCACUUGCUCACCAAUUGAUCCUUUGCAGUGAAUGGGUGCCGUCAGAAUUAGAGGCCAAACAGCUGAUAAAAACAUCACAAUAAUCCACAAGUAAUCCACACCACUCCAGUCCAUCAGUUAACAUCUUCUGAAUCAAAAAUCUGCAUGUUUGUAAGAAACCAGUUAAUUUUUAAGGUGUUUUAACUUUAAGCUGUUCCUUUCUGCAGAAAUACGAGUCCUCUAUACAUAAUAUCGCUUUAAGUGCAAGUCACCCUCCUGUAUCAGGAAAGAAAUAUGCACAGAUCAAGAACCAUUUGCAAAUGAAAACAGUUCGAAAACAAAUAUGUCAGUGGAUUUUGAUGUGAGGGUACAACAGAGGACGGACUCUCUUAAUGGAGGAAGUGAAUUAUAUAUUAUUAUGAAUUAUAUAGACUGAUAUUUUGGCCAGAAGCUAUAGUUUAAAUUAAAAAUGUCUUGAUAGAUUUGUUUCUUACAAACAUGCAACUUCUCCUUUCACAAGACGUUAACUGAUGGAAUUGAGUGGUGUGGAUUACUUGUAAAUGUUUUAUCAGCUGUUUGGACUCUCAUUCUGACGGCACCCAUUCACUGUAGAGGAUCUAUUGGUGAGCAAGUGAAGCUAAAUUUCUCCAAAUCUCUUCCAAUGAAGAAACAAACUCAUCUACAUCUUGGAUGGCCUGAGGGUGAGUAAACUUUCAGCAAAUUUUCUUUUUUCGGAUAGACUACUCCUUUAAGAAAUUAAACAGGGGAAAUUUUGAGCAAAUGAUUAAGUGUCUCAGGCAGCUAAAGUAAUGCUCACAGAUUCACAAGCACAUGUUUGAUCAACUAUAAUAGAUUUUCUACACAGGAUGUUCAUGAGAAGGUCGAUAUGUGCUGUACCAUACACAAGCCAAGUGUUGUGCACUUCAUAAUUUUCUUGAGCUCUGUUAAAUUGGUUAUUUUUCUGAUUUUUUAGAAUGUUUGAUUUAAAUGAUAUUUCUUUUCUAACAUAGUGUUUAUCUAGACUAAUUGUUUGGUACUGUAAGUAAGCUGUGUAAACUUUACCACGUGUACUUUAAUCAGAACGAGUGUAAACACUCCACCUUGUUGCACUCCAAAUGGAUGAAAAUUAAUGUUUGUAACAUUAACUGUGACAUCUAAUCUGUCUGAUGCCCCUCAGCCUUUACAUCCCGGCACCAGGUCCAGCCUCUGCCACAUUCUGUGCUACGUACAGUUACUGUCUCUGUUGUAAGAGCACCAUCUACACAUGCUAAGAAACACCUUCACACCCUUAAAACACUCCAUUAAAGGUGAAGUAUGCAAUUUUUUACCACUAGGGAGUGGAAUUACAACAGGAAUGACUGAUUUCAAACAGGUUUCCCAAACCUCUGCUAUUGGUUGGACAAACAGAAAGCCCCGCCCCCAAGCUCAUGCUAUUGGUCGAGCAAGUUCUGUUGGUAAAUAAAAAAUUACAUGCUUUACCUUUAAAAAUCUUUUAUCUGUAGUUCUCAGCUCUCUUAUUUCUUCUUUCAUACACCCAAAUGAAAAGAUAUUUGUACAGUUUUGCAAACAAGUCUUUUUGUAUUAAAAGAAGAAAAAAUGACGUUUUGCACACCAUUCCUGUGCACCGGAUUAAUUUGUUACAUUGGUGAUUUUUAUUUAUAUACACCCAAUGAGUCAUUGAUCUGUGUUUUGGGUAAUUGAAUAAAGUAAAAGCGUGACAUGC